UUGACACAUCGAAUAUUUUUAUUCGAAUCAUUCCAUUCAUUCCAGAAUUAUUCCAGAAUGAUGGUGGAAUGAUUCUGUUUUCCAAAUUUAUUGCUAAUUUUAUUUUUGCGUGUUAGCGGUUUUCCAUCUGUCAAACUGGGAGAAAAAGUAAACAUCGUGUGUCGCUGAAAAAUUAAAUAGUUCGCGAAAAAUUGAAGCAAAAUCCGGCCGGAAGCUAUCAGAAACAUGCACCCGGUGGUGCUGCUGAGCAUGGCGAACCACCUUAGCCGGACGGGAAACAUGGGCAACCGCAUGGGUGCUGCUCGGCUGCUAACGGACCUAGGUCGCGCUGGACAUGUCUUCCUCGACCACGACUACCUGGGGAAUUCGUACGGCAUCAAGAAGGCAAGAAGAAUCUGGUCGCUGCUCCGAGACCGAACUGGCCAAGAAGGGUUCUGCCGCUGAGAAGGGAGCGGCUGCUGCUGCUGCCGGAAGCGGUGCCGUUGCUGCAGGCUCCAACGGUGGCUGCAGCCAGAAAAGGCUGCGUCUGUCCCGCAACCCCAAGUCCCACGAAAAUCGGUGCCAACACACUGGUGGUACUGAUCUAUCUGGGCGCCAACAAGAACCACAUCAAGGCCGCGGUCAAGAGGCUGUCAAAGUGUACAAAUCACCAGUAUUGUGGCCGGACGGCAAGAAAAAGGCACACGACUUGAACAAAACAUCUCCGGCACGGCCGCCGUAAAAUAAAGUUUAUUCAAAGACAACAUUUAUUGCUUAUAAAACUCAAUUUAUUCUCUUACAACAUUGUACUCAGGGCCCUGGAUAAAAAGGUAGAGGAGAAUUAAGACAAUGAUCGAGCAGCGCUCCAUCGAGUCCGAGAUCUUGGCGUCUUGCUUGUCCCGGCCAACUCCUGCAUCAGCGCGAAGAUCUUGUCCGUCCAAAGUGUUUAAAGCGCUGUGAAUAAAACAAGAUUUUUAGACACCGCCGUAGCUUGAGUUAUUAAUACAAA